GGUCGUGUCGGUUGUGCAGCCUCGGUUCACUUCGUCUUACUGCACAAAACUAUCCGCUGUGAGCUGGUGGAGCAGGUUUUGGACGAAUUGAACCCUUCUGCCUAUCAUCGCUGCGAAACGAAGCUUUGUGAAUGGUGUGGGAGCAAACGACGGCAGGGCUGCAGAUUUCGUGACUGGGGAGAAAAAAAAACCCCGCAUGUGCGUAUGUGAGUGAGGUGUUAGCAGGUGCUUGAUUUGAGGCCGGUGCCGUGGUUUUUGGUGUGUCUGUGCUGAUCGGAAGCAGCCGCACGGAAAUGCGGGAAGAUUUUUCGCAAACAAGAGCAGCAAAGCUUCCGGGCUCGGUUUGCAUAUGAAUGGUCGAUGAUUGUGAAGUGCAAGGGGGAAGAAGUUUGGAGUUGAGGGUACGUGUUGGAGUUGCUGUGUUGGUGUGUAGUGAUAGGUGUUUUACGUGAGAAAAGGUGCUCAUCCCUGUUGAACGUGUUACAAUCGGCCGCCCCCCCCCCGUUGACGACCAGACGGGUCGAUAAGCAAUCUGACGGUUGAUACAAAUUGCUUCCCAAAAUGCGCCCUCACGUUGGACGCUGAAGUUGUUGCGGUUGGUGUGUAUGUGUUCGUUUGUUGUUUCAUCAGAGUGUGUGUGUGCUUUAAGUUGGACCUGACCCUGGCGCGAAGAGGUUAAAACCGAAUAAAGGAUUUGCUGGCGGAGAGUGUUGAGCGCAGAAAAUCACAGCACUUGGCUAUCAGUACCCGAGCAGACAGACAGCAUCAUGUGGCUGUACAGUUGGUUCGGGAUCCUGCUGGGUGGACUGCUAGACAUUACGGCCUUUUCUAUCAACACUGAUAACCAGAUUUACGAUCCACAAAUAGGAGAAAACUAUGAUAGUUGCACGGUAGGGAACGGGACGUAUUACCACGGGGAAACGUUCAAGCUCGAUUGUCGAACACAGUGCGUUUGUCAGAACGGUCGCCAUGCUUGUUCAACGCUGUGUCCACAUGAAAAUCUACCACCACCCGUUGACACGUCCAUUUGCAUCGCUCCCAAGCUGGUGGAACUGCCCGAUCAUUGCUGCAGAGUGUGGCUGUGCGAGCAGCCAGCAACUGAUGUGAAUGCGACCUGUUACAACUCGUCCACCACGCUGUGGUCACCGUGCUCGCAGAGCUGCGGUAUCGGGACGUCGACCAGGAACAUCACCACAACGCCCGGCUGCCAGAAGCUCAGCACGAUACGGCUGUGCGAGAACCAUCGGUGCAACCGCCCGGGCAAUAAUUACUACAUCGCCGGUGACUACGCGACCGAGGGGCUGCCGGGCCGGGGUAACGCUGAUCGCGCGGAAGAAGGAUCGAUGGACAGGGAUGGUGACCGUUCCGGUGUUACCAGCCGCAAACAGCGACCGUACUACGAUGGCAGCAGUGGUGGCUACAGCGCUCCCAACAGCGUUUCUUUGCUCAGUGAAAACGAACAUCGAAGACGGAAGGGUCACGAGUGCCGAAGCAUUCAGCGGACGGCUUCCUCCCGGUUGCGGCUCGGUCCGUGCGUGUCGCGGAAGCUUUACCGACCAAAAUCCUGCAGCCUGUGUCAGGAUUCCAGCAUGUGCUGUGUGCCUUCAAUAACCACUACUAUUAAGGUUGAAUUACUGUGCCCUUUGAACUCGGGCGAUCCGUUCGACUUCAUCGAGCACGGGUACGACCUGUGGGACAGUGCGUCGAUCGAUCCGCUCGACCAGGAGAUGCUGCAGUCGCGCCAGAUCCACAUCGAGAACAAGUACGUCGACGUCCAGUGGGUGCUGAAGUGCGAAUGCGGUCCAAAGAGCAAAAACUGUCACCCCCGGAAGUCUGCGGGAUCAUCACCGGGUGGCCACUCGAGCAGAACAACCGACCACCACCACCAGCAGCAGCAGCAGCACCAACAGCGACGAUUGGGCUCAUCUGACCCGCAACCAGCGAGCGCAGCGGGAUCCACAGCGGCCGAGCAGCAGCGUAACAGCACCGCAUAUCGCACGCUGCUGGGAAAGGCACGUCCGCACGGGGCGCAGGACGUGACCGGCGUGGAUCUCGCCGUGGGUAGAGCCGAUCCACCCGUCGACAACACGGAUCCCGUCGACUACUACGAUGGCGGUCAGAGCGCUCGGAAGGGCCACAAACAUGCGGGCCACCAUCGUUCGUCGGUGCAUCGGCGUCUGGUGCACCGUGGGCUGCAUCACCGACAGCAGCAACAACAACAACACCGACAACCCGAUCCAUUUGGCAGCUGGAACGAUGCCAGCUCGGCUGUUGUGGAUGGUAGUGAGGAGCUGCUGAAGCGGGUUCAUCGAACAUAAUAAACUGCUGGCUCGAGACUCGCGCGUGUGUGCGUGUGAGAGUGUGUCCGGUGUACGGCAAUCGAUGCGCGGGGUUGAAAUUCAAUGCGGAAAUGCAAUUGGCGUACUUCCGCUUCCGGCUAGGCUGAGCUAAGGAUCGGUCCCUUGUGAUGCUGACUAAACACACAGACACGCACACACACACAUAAGCACACAUCACACAUAUGUGAAAGUUCUUCGAAAGUGCUGUCAUAUUGUACAUCGAUGCGUACAAAUAUCGCCUCAGACGGUGCAAGUUUUUUAUUCGGGGUUUCGGUUUUCGUUGCCAAGGGAUCUUUUUUUUGUCCUCCCGAUGGGCUUGGUUUGCUCUUUGCAAAACUAUUUCCUCCCCCCCCUCCCCCACCGGGGAAACAGAGCAUCAUGCGACAUGCAAGAUAAAGAAGAGAAAAAACACACGCACAUACACACAUAUGCAAAGCUAAAUCCCUUGCGGAAUGUAGACUCACCUGCAAAAGGGAAAGAAGAGGUGCGCUGCAGAUGCAAUCGAAUCGAAUUGCUGCUGCUUGUACAUAGUUUUUAAUGGAAUUCUCGAUAGUGAGUGAUGCAGCAGAAUGAGAUCGAAGCAAAAAAAAAAAAACGGAAGAAAAACCAAAUAAACAAACCCAUCCCUCCCGUUAUAGCAGAAGAGGUACGAGAAGGAAAAGGGUCUAGUUUGGGAGCGUUUCUGAUUCCUUAUUUGCUCGGGAGUAGAUCAG